AGCUCGUCUAGCAAAGAGAACUACGGAGCCAACGCCGAUAGCACCCAGCCAGCCGUCCCGCCGCUCAGGAUGCCGCCCCCCACAGCCGGCGGCAUCAACGAGCCUCAGGAGUGUCCAUACUGCCGACGGACCUUCUCUUGUUACUAUUCCCUGAAGCGACACUUCCAAGACAAGCACGAGCAGUCGGACACGCUGUACGUUUGCGAGUUCUGCCAUCGCCGCUACCGCACCAAGAACUCGCUGACGACGCACAAGAGCCUGCAGCAUCGCGGCUCCAGCGGCAUGCUGAAGCGGCUGCUGAAGACGUCGGCGCUGCACUCGGCGCUGGCGCCGGCGCCGCACCUGUUCGACCUGCCGCAUGAGCCGCAACUGCCGCCCGGCCUGCAAUGACCUCAGCCCACGGCCUGAACGCUCCCCGCACCCAGCGCCCGCGACCCGCACUGUGCAAUACGGACGAUGCCAAAACACGCCGCAUUCUAAUCGUAUUAAUAAUUAUAUAGAAAAAUAUUUCACAUUAGGUUUAAUUACUUACAGUAUUGACGUAGCGUCGCAGCCUCCGCGGCUUUUAGGGACGUCCACCGUGUUCAAUGAGACAAUGUAACCAGAGCAAUACUAAAGUAUAUGUGUCUAGUACUGCCAAAUUUUAAUGCCAACUGUAUUCUAAAGGUGAAAAACAUUUAUAGGAAAAUGAAUAAUGAAUACAUCUUUCUCGAUGAAUGUUUAGUGUCAAAUUAGCAUCGGUAACUGUACAAAAUGAGAACGUAC